CCCCUGCAGCUUCAGCAGCUUUCUGUCUUAGAUGUGUGUUGAAAAUGAAAAGAGACUCCGAGUCGCCUGAAGCAGGAACACAAACCAAAGAGAAAAAACUGUAUGUCAGUGUGUAAAGAGACCAAAAAAACAAGUAUGUUCAGUCUCAUGUUAGUUUAUUUAUGACAUGAAUCCCUCUGCAUGAAGUAUGUGAAAGCAUUCAUUGUUCUGAAGUGGAGACAGUAACAGAGAUAAAAGCUGGGUCACCAACAGCCAGAGGACAGGUCUGAUGCCCGCAGCCUGCUGGUGCCGUCAUGUCGAACGCUGCUGCUCGUAGUGGUUUCCUGCAGGGUUUGGUGGCAGCGGCAGCAUCGCCGUUAUGGUGGUCCGCUGUCGUGUUGUUAGUUUGUCUCCAGCUCCCCCAGCUGAGCCCAGUCCAGGCCACCGUCUGCCUGUCUCAGGGCCCCUUGCAGGCAGGCGGCUGCCUCUGCGCCUCGGACAUCCUCAGCUGCACCGCCGUGGGUCUGGAGCGGGUCCCCGGAGAAAUGCCGGUCUCCGCUGUGACUCUGGACCUCAGCCAUAACAGGAUUGAGCAGUUGGAGGGGGGCAGCUUUGAAGGACUUUAUCGAUUGGAGACAUUACGGUUAGCGCACAACAAGCUGACAACUAUUCAGCCGUGGGCGUUUCGAAACACCUCUGGGACCCUGCUCCGACACCUGGACCUGUCGUCGAAUCAGCUUCGUGUCUUGGAGCAGCAUUAUUUCCUAGAUUUGCCCGGAUUGGAGGAACUGCUUCUGUUCAACAACCGUAUCGUCCACGUGGAGAGCAGAGCUCUGGAAGGACUGGGCAGCCUCCGCAAGGCCUACCUCAGUCACAACCGUCUCACUGACUUCCCCUUCUUUUCCAUCCAAGAGCACAGCCACCCUCACCUGUCCAUGCUGGACCUGUCCUCGAACCGCCUGCCCAAACUACCCCUGGAGGACAUAUCCAACCUACCCACUUCAGUGAAGAGAGGUCUCUACCUUCACAACAACUCCCUGGUGUGUGAGUGCUCCAUGUACGGACUGUUCCGGUACUGGGAAGAGAGGAACUUCACCUCAGUGACGGACUUCAGGCAGGAGCACACCUGUCUGGUCUACGGGAAGCAGAAAGGUACGGUGCGCUUCUUCAAGCACUCCCGUUACUUUGAAAAAUGCAACCUGACCGCCGUGAGCGGGCUGCUGACCGAGCAGGAGAGCAGUGUUUCAGUGAAGGCAGGAAAGCCACUGCUGCUGCACUGUAUGACCACUCUCACCGGGCAGCAUGUGACCUUUCUCUGGGUGUCGCCGAAUCAGGAGUACGUGGCGCCGCCAGGAAACAACGGAUCAUUAAAGAUGUACACGAACGGCAGCUUGGAGAUCGUGGCAGCGGGCGCGGAUGACUCCGGUAUCUACUGGUGCAUGGCUCUGGAUGAGAAGCAGCAGCGCAACGAAAGCAGGGAGGUCAACGUGACCGUGGUGCUGCACCACGACAGCGAGCCUCACGAGUCCUUCAACACUGGAUUCACCACCCUGCUGGGCUGCGUGGUGAGCCUGGUGCUGGUCCUCAUGUACCUGUACCUGACACCCUGCCGCUGCCCUCACUGUCAUAAGGCCUCACCCCACGCCGCGGCCGCCCUGAGCCAGGGGAACGAGGCCGGGGCAGGAAGCGCCCAAUCCUCCAUCCUCACGCCCACCCCGCCGGCGACCACCGAGGGCCCGGGCCGCAAGGUCAGUACCAACAAGCAUGUGGUCUUUCUGGAGCCAAUCAAAGAGCAGCAGAACGGCAGACUCAGGGUGGGGCAAGGACACUUGGGGCCAGGUUUACUGGUAGGGCCAGAGCAGCACUCAAAGUUCCACAACCAGAUGCAGCAGAGGGCGGGGGAGACAGACUCCAUCAUGUCCGUGUUCUCAGACACUCCCAUCAUGUUGCCAUAGCAACGAGACUAACAGACAGAGACGCAGACUGGCACUACCAUCACCUCUCACUUCCUUCCUCCUCUGUUUCUCCGGUUACCUCCUCACCACUUCCCAGCACCCAGCACUGGACCUGAGCAAACCAGAACUCCAAACUAAGAAACUAAGAGCUUUUAAAAUGCACAUUUUCUUUGCUUUGGGCUUUGAGGCUUUUCAGCUGCCUCACGAAACAGACAAGUGCAAUUUUUAGAGAGCGAAUACUGUUGAAUACCAAAUUUACGUUAUUAUUACGAUCAUCGUUUGCCCAGGUCUGCCCACUCAGCCCUCCAGCCACGAACCGAUGCACUGUGACGGGUCGGGCUCAGACAGACUUCAGAGUAGGGACGGUGCUCACGGAAGACAGAAAGACAGGGAGGACAGUGCAAGUACAAGCCUGUCAGCAUUAAAACACACCAAAAAUAGCAAGAACUCGGGAGAAGCUGCCUCAAAGUCUGAGCCAGAAAAGUUAAAAGACAAAGAGUGCAGGGAGACAUCUCAGAGGACAUUGGGGACGUUUUCCCGACGAGCGUGGACUGAAAGUGCACAGGGCUGUCCCUUUAAGCACGGCUUGUACCUUUAAUGAACAUUUGCUACCGAUGCCUUCUCGUCUCAAACAGAGAAAACUUCUUUUGUAGAGCUUCUGUUCCUUCGGUGUGUCAGUCGAUUAGAAACAAAGCGGUCUGCGUAGUGUAGCUCUGUCACAACGUGAGGUGUUUUAGAGUAGACGAGCAAAGAAGGAAGACGAGCUUUUAGCAAGUAAAAAUAGAAAGUGUUUUAAAGGGUUAGGUUUGAUCCUUCCUCCC